AGAAGAAUUUGUAGUUUAAAGAUGGCGCUACCCGGUGUUUUACUCGUGCGGUUUAGAACUCUGUGUAAUGUCACUAAAUGUGCUCAGACAGGAGGCCAAACUGUGUCACACUGGAGCAGAGAAACGCGGUGGUACAGGACAAAAGCCCGGAGUGUUCAUGAACAGAGUACCUCAUAUCCACAGAUCAAACAAGGUGAGUUAUAUAGCUGUUAGCCUUUUAGCUACCAGGUGCUGCUUCUCCUGACAGCGUCAGACCUCAAGGACAUCAUCUUAUAAAACAAGAUGCUCUCAUCUGUGUAUGUUGGGGUUAUCCUUUAAGGUUAAGCUCAAGUUGGAGAGGAAGUAGCUCAUAGAUUAAAUCGCCUCGUGUUUAACAUUUGUGUUCACUUUUUAGAUAACGAAAACCAGAACCUUUUGAAGGAGUUUCCAAACCCCAAAAAUCUGCUGAAUAAUGUCAUCGCCCGGUCUUUGGGGGUCAGUGACCUGUCCCGGGUCAUCCAGUACAGCUUCACUCAACAUGGAGGGAUCAAGGUUAGAUACACACUCACACUUAGAUGGAGCUUAACAUAUCCAUGAGGCAAUUUUACACCACAGAUAAGUUAAUAUCUUGUAUCGUGUCUUUGUAUGUCUAGAAAGCGACUGUCACGCUGCAGUGGCCCUCAAAGUUCACAGAGGUUGGUCAAGCCUCAAACAAGGUCGAUGCAGAGCGACUUGCUGCUGCUGCUGCCUGCUCGAAGCUGAGGGUAAGCUGCAUGAAAUAACCGUAAAAUAGAGUAUGUUUUUGAUGGAGCAGUCUGGUAAAGUAGGGGAGAGUGGUUGUAAGUUGAGCCACCCCCUGUUGCUUGGAUUGGUAAAAGACAUUGAUCAUGUGACCAAAUAUUUAGGAGAUGGGCAUUAAUUCAUGGAGUCUGUGAAGGUCAGAAGCACAUGGGUGAAGGGGUUAGACAUUUAUUAAAAAAAACAUUUUUCACUCUUGAAAGUGAACUUAGUCUGUCAUAAGUUUUGUUAGAAUUGUGUUCAGACCAAAAAAGACCAUUUUAAAUUUGUUUUAUACAUCAUUUGUGUUAUCUACGAGCUACAACAUGAGGUCAAAAACCUAGCAUAAAAGUCCACCAUUUUAGCUUAGAGGACAAAUAAAGUCGUAAUAGUAGUUCUGGGGUAAAUUUAGCCAGUGGUUCAACUGAGAAAGUAAAGGAGUCUGAUGAGAGGAUCAGAGUGUUGCUUUUUCUUUUCAAAAAUACAGCUGUGAAUCUUCUGAAUCACUUAAAGACAUUCUCAUGUUAAAAUGUUUUUUGUUAUUUUUUACAAAAUAGCGUUUUAGCAGAAAUAAUAAUAAAAAGAGUUAUUGAACCAGUUAAAUAGCGUAUCAUAGAUUAAAAAAAUACACAUGAAUGUAAAAGCGCCUAUGUUCAACUUACCUCACACACGGGGUAAGUUGACCUUAGGGAACCACUUUUUUGCCAUGCUUUAUUAUCAAGACAGUUAUGUUUACACUCACUCUGUUGGUUUGCAGGGAUGAACAACAUCUUCAUAUAUGCAGAUACACUAGUUAGCGACAAAACUAUGAUUGCCUUGAUGUAGUGAUCCGAAAUAUGAAAAAUGGCUCAUCUUACCCCACCCUCCCCUGUCCUUUUAAUGGAGCAGUCUAUUGAAGUACUAUCCUCUCUCUUUUUGUGAUCAGGAAAUGGGUGUUCUUGGUCCGAACAAUCAGCUCCCAAAGAGGAAAGCCGUCAGGGGGAAAGGGUCAUUGAGUUCAGCUCUUUUCAGUGAUGAUGAAGAGGGUAACUUGCCAGAAAAUAGUCGCUUGCUAAGAGGGAAAGCAUAUGGAGUACAACAACAGCAAUGGUUACCCCCAGCGGAGGACAAUCUAGACAUUGCUGAGGCUCUCCUCUUGUUUCCACAACCUAAAUCUCUCCUCACCAGGGUCAUCCAGGUGGCAACAUCAUCCAACAGAUUCAGGGUUUGUAGUUUCAAUCAUUUUCACAGUGAAAACUAAGCUCUCUUCAUGCUUCUUAAGUUCUAAACUGGAUACUCUAUAUAUCUUAACAGGAGCUGAUACAGUUUAGAACUACAGGAGGGAAGCUGAAGCGCUGUGAGCUGACCCUGCACUGGCCUGAAGAGAUGAAGUUUUCUGCCACAGCGACACAUCGAGCAGCAGCAGAGAAAAAAGCUGCAGCUCUGGCCUGCAUGAAAUUUAAAGUGAGAAGAACACCAUGAAACUUCUUCUGCUUUUAUUCAUAUGUUAGAGAUUUAUUUUUACUGAACUGCCAUGUCACCUGCUUCAGGAGCUGGAACUGCUUGAUAAAGACAACAACCCACUGACUCACGCCAAGUACCAUCGAGAGCAGGUGAGGGAGGCUGGAGAGCGACACAGACGCCCUUUUUCUCUAGAAGUCCCUGAGUAUCUGGAGGACCAAAUAAGAGAGUACCUUGAACAGGUCGGUUGUCUCUCAUGUGUUUCUUCUAUUAGUAAAACGUGUUUUAAUAUUAAUUUGAAUGUUGUUUUAUCUAAAAUCUAACUCUGCGUCUUGUAACAGUACCCAGUGGAUGUUGAAGUUCAGAGGCUCUGGGAGGAGGAAGAGAUGAAAGGACAGCAGACGGUGACCGAGGAGGGGGAGGAGGAGGAAGAGGAGGAUUUAGUGACAGACGCAAUCACAGGCAAACGGUACAAGCCUCUGUCUGUGCGUGAGGCCCAGCAGCUGAACGCCUACCUGAAGGAGGAAUGGGAGAGCGCAAACCCCAGGCUGAGUGUGGAGCUCCCAGUGGAUGGCCAUCGCCAACGGGUGGUAUCGGCAAUCCAGUCGUCCAGGGUGGUUGUGAUCGAUGGCGAAACUGGAUGCGGGAAAACGACACGGAUACCCCGUUUCCUGCUGGAGGAGUGUGUGAGAGGCGGUGAAGGGGCUGAGUGCAACAUCCUGGUGACCCAGCCUCGUCGGAUCAGCGCUGUGUCUGUGGCCCAUCGUGUUGCUCAGGAGUUAGGCCCAGCUCUAAAACACUCUGUGGGAUAUCAGGUACAUACACAUUUAUACUCCCCUUUUAUUUUACCACAUCAUUUUUUUCUUACCAUAAACAUCAUUUGUAAUAAUCAGCUGUAGCUUCUAGACCUGCCAAUCCCAAAUCUGUGAAUUCCUGCAGCCUUAUUUGAAAUGUAAAAAUAUUUCAGGGUCUAUGUUUGGUUCCAAUUACAAAGCACAAAUCAGAAAUGUUAAUCAACCUAUAGCACUUGAAUGGUCCAUCUUUAGACUGUGACUUGCACUGAUGGAAUCAACACUCUUGUACAUAAUUACCUUUUAGUUUCAUUACCAAUAAUAACAAGUAUUUGGUGACUUUUGACAAAGAAGGAUUUUUUUCUUGUGCGUAGGUGAGACUCGAGAGUCGUCCACCUGAGCACAGCGGAGGAGCCAUGCUCUUCCUCACAGUGGGUGUCCUGCUGAGAAAGCUGCAGUCGAACCCAACUCUGAAGGGAAUCAGCCAUGUAGUCGUGGAUGAAGUUCAUGAGAGAGACGUCAACACAGAUCUGCUGCUGGCUCUGCUGCGCAACAGUCUGAAUGAGAACCCCGAACUACGAGUGGUCCUCAUGAGCGCUACAGGUGACAAAGAAAGGCUGGCCCAGUACUUUGGGGGAUGCCCUGUCAUUAAAAUUCCUGGUUUCAUGCACCCAGUGAAGGACAGAUUCUUGGAAGAUGUACUUAGAGAGUUGGGACGCGCACCGCCUGCAAAAUGGAGAGAGGAGGUAGAGCAGCAGGUGAGUUUUUGUUUCUGUUGUUGAACUGUCAUAUGUGCUCUGCAGAUAUUCGGUUAAGUCCUUCAUCUCCUUUAUUUUCUUUCUUCUUUAAGAACGGAAGAGAAGACCUUUCACCUGAUGUCCAAUUGGUUGCUGAUUUAAUCGAACACAUCGACAAGCAUGAAAAGCCAGGUAACAAACCCACACCUUUUUAACAUUUGCUUGAUUUUCAUUGAUAUGCUUCACACACUUGCUCAGAGUCCUCUUUCCUUUCAUGCUCCAGGUGCAGUGUUGUGUUUCCUCCCAGGAUGGCAGGACAUCAAAGCAGUCCAGGAAAAGCUGGAGGAGCGGCCCCACUUUUCCUCUAACUCACACUUGAUCUUGCCGUGUAAGAGAGCAUAGAAAGGUUUACAGAGAUUUGUCCUCUUCAUGUCGAGUGUUGACGUUUCUCAUUUCUAUAUUCCUGUUUUCUUCCAAUUUCAAGUGCACUCUAGUUUAUCAGUGGCAGACCAGCAGUUGGUGUUCCAGCGCCCUCAAGUGGGCAAGAGAAAGAUUGUCCUUACCACAAACGUUGCUGAGACCUCCAUCACCAUCGAUGACAUCGUCCAUGUGAUCGAUACAGGAACUCAUAAAGAACAGAACUACGACCCACGCACUAAGGUUUGUGCGAAAAUGUCUUUUUUUAUUAUUAUUAUUCCUAGUGCUUGCAUUGUGAUGUAUGUCCUUAUGGAGUAAUGUAAAAUUGAGUGUCUUAGUCUCAGUUUAAACUUGGUUUUGCAGGUUUCCUGUCUGGACACAGUCUGGAUAUCUCGUUCCAAUGUUACUCAGAGAAAAGGGAGAGCAGGGCGAUGUCAGCCCGGACAAUCUUACCACCUGUUCUCACGGACGCAGCUGGAAUCCAUGCCCCUCUUUCCCAUCCCUGAGAUCCUACGCACCCCACUGGAGAGUUUAGUUGUUCAGGCCAAAAUCCACAGUCCAGACUGCAAGGUACUGAGAGCAGACAAUUUCCUAUGUGUGUUAUUUAACGACAGUCUUAUUCCAUAUAUUUUGACAGGUGGAGUCAUCUCUUAAGUUGUUUUUCUGUGUGUGUUUAGGCUGUAGAUUUCUUGUCCCAAGUGUUGGAGAGUCCAGAGAGAGAAGCUGUCAGAGAUGCUGUUCAAAAUCUUCAAGACAUUGGUGAGUGAACUCCUGCGUGUCUACACAAACACUUAUUCACUGCAGGAGGAGAAUAAUGUCUAAUCUGUCGAUGUUUACUUCUGUAGGAGUCCUGGACAAGACUGAAACCUUGACGCCUUUAGGACAGCGGGUCUCCUGUAUGUCAUGUGACCCUCGACUGGGCAAAGUGCUGGUCCUCAGCGCCAUGUUUAGAUGUGUUCUUCCCAUGCUGUCUGUGGCUGCCUGUCUGACAAGAGAUCCUUUUCACAAUAGCCUGCAGAACAGAGCACUAGUCACCAAGGUGAGAUGUUAUUACACCCACCUGUUUUCAAAAUGGCACACAGUCCAGUGUGUGGUACUCAUGAGUUGUUUCUUUGUCCAGGCGAAAGAGGGUCUGAGCGGCUCCAGCUACAGUGACUACUUGGUGUUUGUUCGAGCUAUAAUGGGUUGGAGGAGAGUUCAGCAUAUGGGCGACAGAGAUGACAGAGAUGAAUAUCUGGAGAAACACUGUCUGUCCAGGUUCAGCCUCAGAUUCAUUAACGGUGAGUUAGAAAUAUUUCUGUAUUGGUUGCUGCAGUAAAAAGAAUAGGCUUCAGUUUGUGUUUACUGGUGAUGUAACUUCAAACCAUGAAAGCAUUGCAAAUGACACCAAUUUGGGGAUACAGUUUUGAGGGCAUCUCAAAAAGAUGUGUCAUAAAAAUGAGGUGAAGUGGUGAUCCAAAACAAUGUCCAUCAGAGCUACACAAUAAAUCACAAGUCUGUUAUCUCUAAAAUUUGCCAUAAACACACUGCAAAACACUUGAAUUUACUGCAGUAAAUGAAAAUAGUUAUUCAUGUGAACAAAAAUUUUUCUCUACUGGAUGGAGUGCUGGAUGUCGUGGUUGUGCUCACACACUGUUUUGAUGCAAUCAGAUGAAGCUCAGGUUAUCUACGAGCUUCCAUUACAGUAACUGGUACCAGUUGGAUUCCUUUUAAGGUGACCGGUUCUGUGUAAAAUAUAUGAAAACUUUGGUUGAUUGCUAAAUACACCCUCAAGCCUCAUGUCUGGUUGUAUUUGUUGUCUUGUCUUUUCAAUAUCCCUCUACAUAGAAGUCGUUUUUACAUGAGAGUUUUAUGUUCAAACAAAGCUUUAAAAAAAUCAUCUCAGCGUAUGACUUGGAUUUUAAACUAUUUUGUACUGGUUUUUUUUUAUGACACAUUGGAGAAUAAUUUCUGCUCUGUUGCAGGUCUCAUCUCUCAGUUCAGUGAUAAUCUGCAUGAAGCUGAGCUGGUGCCUCGUGCCCAGGAGUGCCAGCAUCAGUCCUCUCGGUACAACAGACACAGUGACGAGGAUGAGCUGCUUAAAGCUGUACUGCUGGCUGGACUGUAUCCCAACCUCAUUCAGGUACAUGGCAAUAAAAGGGUCAUGUUAAAUACCACAUUAUACUUUAUGGUCUAUUUCAGGCCUUGUUGAAGUAAGACAUGCUGUACAUCUUGAAGUGUAUAGUGUAUAAUUAUGAUUUUUUCUUAUAUUUUUUGUUGCUUUGCUUCUAAGAUGUAAACAUGUCUGUCUGUCCUGAACUCACAUGAAUCUGUACGGGUCAAAGCUUUCACAGGAAAACUGACAUCCCUGCAUAACUCUUAAGAUAAAACCAUGUACUACUUUGGUACUUUAUUUCUUAGGUGAAGAAAGGUGUCGUGACCAAAGGACGCUUCCGGCCCCACAAUAUCUCCCUCCGCACAGCUAGUGGGCCUGUACUGCUCCACCGCUCUUCUGUCAACAGGUUUGAACUCCUAAACUCAUCUACAGUAGAUAAGUGAUAUACUCAGCAGUGGACUUAUUGUUUUUCCUGUCUGUGUUGUUGUAGAGGAAAAACGAAGCUCCCCAGUCGCUGGCUGACCUUCUUCAGCGCCGUCAAGUCUAAUGAGAACGUUUUCAUCAGGGACUCUUCAGCCGUCCAUCCACUCGCCUUGCUAAUGCUCACAGACUGUGACAUCGCAGAGAGAGGUAUAACAUGGACGCUAAUUAGCAGCUAUCAUCCAAUCAUCGUUAUUGACUGACUGUUGCCAGGCUGUUAUUAUGAAUAUGGUUAUCCAAUCCAAUCCGCUUUAUUUAUAUAGCACAUUUUAAAAAACAUUCAAGUUUACCAAAGUGCUGCACAAUAAAAUUAAAUCAACAGACAAUGCUGAAAACAUCAAGAUGAAAUAAAUAAAAGCAAGUAAAAAACAUUUAAAAUAAAAUAAAUGAAUAAAAACACAAAAGCAUAAAAGAAAUAAAGGUGAUGAAAGGAUCCUGAUAAAAGACAUAAAAGGACAGAGAUCACACAACUCUCAUGCUGAGCUAAAAGCCAAGGAAUAAAAAUGAGACGUUUAAGACGUGAUUUAAAAGUACAAAGAGUGGGGGAUGUUUUAAUCUCGAGUGGCAAUUCGUUCCACAAUUUGGAACGUAUAUUACAUAUUAAAUAUAUUACAUGUGAUAUUUUAAUCUUUUCUGCAUAAUCUCUUUUUUUCUUUUAUCAGUGAAUGGAGACAUGGUGGAGGUGUCACUUCCUGGACACUACCUGGUGCGCUGUGAAUUGCCAGUCGACACCUGGAAGCUGCUGUGGGAGUUCCGCACUUCCAUUCAGACAAUGCUCUACCGCAACCUUAACAAUCCCCGCUCUGUCAGCAGCCGCUCUGCUCAAGACGGAGAGCUUAUCUCUUUGCUCGUAGAUUUGCUCAACAACACAGACUCCGACCCUUUUACUCAGAACCAAAACAGUGACAGCGAGCUGGAUUAAAGGCCUUCUGAGCUCUUCUACGUGUAUCUGCAUCUGUUGGAUCUGCUGGCUGAUCUCAAGAGACAUAGGAACUGGUCUGAUGCGCCUGUUUUAAUGCUAAGUUUGGUUUUGUCCAUACUUGUACUAGUGUGUCACAUGCUGACAUGAACUGGUUAAGGGCAGAAAUCCAAAGUGGACUGUUGUCUGCUGUUUAUUUUUUAGGUGAAUGAUAAACUCGAUGUGUGCAAAUCCAUUGGUUUGGAUUUUGGACUGAGGUUUCUAAUUCAUGCUCAUUUGCUUUAUAAGAAGCAGAAGUUGAUUAUUACUCAACUAUAAUGAAUGAUAGAGACAGAAGAUUACUGGCCAAAGGUCAAAGACUGUGUGCAGAAAAAAAUUUGCUAUUUAUUGCAAUAAAUAUUAACACACUGA